AUGGCAAAUUCAGAAAAUGAAAGGCCCAAGUUGCCUCUCAUCAAACCUAUGAGAGGAAUAUUAACAAAACGCGGCCUAGAUGUUCAGGAAAAGGUUCUGACGGAAGAACCUACUUCUCAAGAUUUUAUUUAUUUCCCAUCGAUUACAUAUGGUAAUCGUGGUGUGGAUCAACGCUGUGUGAAUACUUUGGCUUACGGAACCCAUGACAUCAUUAAGACGCUGAUAAGUGGAGGGGUACCACCGUUCAUUUUCCAAAAAGAGUAUUGGUAUGCCCAGCAAGAAAGUCUUUGGGAGAAUUCUGAAUUCAAGUACCGCCCUAAAAUCAGAAGAAAACGUGAACUGUGGGCGCCAAAAGAAACCGGAACUACUUUCAAUGCCAAAAUUGAUAAAGGCAUAACUGAGGCAAGGUUAAAACAAAAGAAUCUAUUGAAAAAGAUUUCCAUGAGAGCCAACGAAGUGCAACUUAAAACAGAUGAUGUAUUGAGGAAGAAAGCAGAGAAAAUGGACAGUCGUGUCAAGGCUUACGUGGAGAAAAUGGAAAAACGUGCGCGCAGAAAUAAUGGCAGAAAACAUCUAAAUAAAUGCAAGUGAAGAACCAGCCCACGCGGAUUGUAUUUUGAGAAUAAUGUGAUAUGAGAUAAUAUUUAUCUAUAAAAUUCAUUUUGUAUAGAUCUAUGAAUUAUCUUGAAAUUACUGUAUCAUUUUAACAUAUUUUCAUUAUUCAAGUAUUCCGUCUAUUAUUCUAUUUUCAACAAGCAAUUAGUUAUCGAUAAAAAGCUUUUCUUUUA